AGAAAAAUUUAGACUAAAGAGGUGGUGGCAACUGGCUAGUUGGUCAUCAAUUGAACAUGGGUAUGGGUUUGGGUUCCUAAAAUUUCUAAUUUCUCUUUCUCCUUUUCUUCUAUCUUAGCUUCUUCUUCUCCGUCUAUUUCUCUCAUAAAAUGUUGAAGGUUUGGAAAUGGUACCAGAACUGUUUAUCUGUUAAUCCCGUCAAAACACAAAUCAUUAGCUCAGGAUUUCUUUGGGGUAGUGGUGACAUUGCUGCUCAAUACAUCACCCACGCCACUGCCAAAAAUCGCCUUCAAAUAUCUGAUGCAGAUGAAAAAUUCAAAAUCAACUGGAAACGUGUGGCUACCACAAGUAUGUUUGGAUUUGGCUUUGUUGGACCCAUUGGCCAUUUCUGGUAUGAAGGACUGGACAAAUUUAUAAGGCUGAAGCUUCAACUGCCACCAAAGUCAGUGCGGUUUGUUGCUACUAAAGUCGCAACAGAUUGCAUAAUCUUUGGCCCCCUUGAUUUAUUUGUUUUUUUUAGUUACAUGGGAUUUUCAGCUGGGAAGAAUGUUACUCAAGUGAAGGAAGAUGUGAAGAGGGAUUUCAUCCCAGCCUUGAUUUUGGAGGGCGGUGUAUGGCCAAUUGUUCAGGUUGCAAAUUUCCGCUAUGUUCCUGUAAGAUACCAACUCCUCUAUGUCAAUAUCUUCUGCUUAUUAGACAGUGCUUUUUUGUCAUGGGUUGAGCAACAAAAGGAUGCCCCUUGGAAGCAGUGGUUCCCUUCAUAUCAUUCUUUGGAGGAAAAAAGUGGUAAGGGUGACUUGUAAUACCUUCUUGGAAUAUAAUACUUUCUUCCCAUUCUUGUAUUUUUCGCUCUUCGGUAAAUUAGAAUGGCCAUCGCAGAGUUUUACAACAGAAUUUUCAUGUAACUUACAAAGAAUAGCCCCAAAAUGCCAACUGCAGUUUUGGAAGUUGGGAUUCCUUAAGUUUUUAAUUGCUUUUGAGCUUUCGAUGUUCAGUCAAUCAACUGCAUAUACAACCUGAGACUUAAUAUCUGCAUCACGGCUUUUUAGUUCAUUGAAAUGUAUUUCAAUAUUUGUUUA